CUAUAUUCCAGAGGGGACUAUUCUUGGUCCUCCAACCAUCUCUAUGCCAUACGGGGCUUUUCUUGGGUCUCCCACCUUCUCUAUUCCAUACGGGGCUAAUCUUGGGUCUCCCCCCUUCUCUAUUCCAUACGGGGCUAUUCUUGGGUCUCCCGCCAUCUCUACUCCAUACGGGGCUAUUCUUGGGUCUCCCACCUUCUCUAUUCCAUACGGGGCUAUUCUUGGGUCUCCCACCUUCUCUAUUCCAUACGGGGCUAUUCUUGGGUCUCCCACCUUCUCUACGCCAGAGGUGGCUAUUUUUGCAUCUCCCACCUCUCUAUUCCAUACGGGGCUAUUCUUGGGUCUCCCGCCUUCUGUAUUCCAUACGGGGCUAUUCUUGGGUCUCCCGCCUUCUCUACUCCAUACGGGGCUAUUCUUGGGUCUCCCGCCUUCUGUAUUCCAUACGGGGCUAUUCUUG